GAGAUAAUGAAAGAGUCUCUGCAGAUUGUUGCACUUUUUCUGGGUUUCCUCAGCAGUGUGACUGUGUUCAUUUCUAUACACCAUCAUACGUGGAAAGUGUCCACUGAUUAUGGCAAUGUUAUUGUCACCUCCAACAUCUUUGAGAACCUGUGGAUGUCGUGUGCUGAGGAUUCAACUGGCAUUUAUGACUGCUGGUACUUCUCAUCGUUACUGGCUUUACCAGGUUUUGUUCAGGCAUGUCGUGCACUUAUGAUCGCUUCCAUUGUGUUGGGAACGUUUGGUCUCAUCUUCACGCUAGUUGGAAUGCAGUGUUCCAAAAUCGGUGGAGAGAACUACACAAUGAAGGGACGAAUCGCUGCCCUUGGAGGAGUGUUCUUCAUCCUGCAGGGUUUGAGUACGAUGAUCGCCGUGUCAUGGUACGCCUUCAAUAUCACACAGGAAUUCUUUGACCCACUUUAUCCUGGAACAAAGUUUGAGAUAGGAGAGGGUUUGUAUAUUGGCUGGUGUUCAGCAACACUCUCUCUGAUUGGUGGCUGCUGUUUACUGUGUGUGUGUGGAAACAACAGUAAAGCAGAGAAAAUGCCUUAUUCAUACCAGUCUCAGUCUCAGCACAGAGGGACCGCGUACACAACCUCAGUCAUGUCUCAGCAGCCCAAUAACUAUGGCCGAAAUGCCUAUGUGUAA